AUUACAAGUACUACGAUCAUUUAAUCCCGAUUCCCUCCCAACUUCAACGAUAGCUAAGCCUUGAAGACAGGUUCUUAUACUAUUGAUAUGAGCUCAACAAAGCUCAAUUCAGAGGGGGUGUUGCUCUUUGAGCAACCGUUUGUACGAGUCCCUUAUGAAAACUAUCGAAAGGUCUUCCGUGCGACACAACGGAACAUUGAGCGCGAGCUCGGAAAUGUGCAGACUGUCUCGAAUGACUUACUAAAACGAUCCAAGAGCCGCGAGGUCAACCUCGAGGAUGCUGCUAAGAGCGUAGAUGGAAUGAUAGGUCGGGUUGAGAACCUCAAGCGCAAGCUUUCAGAACUGCAGGAUACCGCUGGAAAGCCCACCCUUGAUGUCACUCGGGAGAGGCUACAGCAUCUCAUGGCGGUAGAGACCCUGCAAACCACUGGUAGCCUCGAUUUUUCACGGUGGGCGGACACGCGGCUUGACAGAUGGCUUGUUGACUGGGCCCUCCGGACUGGACGGGAAAACACAGCACGAACACUGGCACAGGACAGGAACAUAGAGACCCUUGUGGACAUCGAUCUGUUCACAGACAUCCGAAGAAUCGAAUUGGCACUUUCCAAGCACAGCUGCACUGAAGCACUGGCAUGGUGUAGCGAGAACAAGACGGCGUUGCGGAAAAUUAAGAGCACACUCGAAUUUGAACUUCGCUUACAAGAGUACAUCGAGUUGGCGCGUGAUCAGAAGAAGCAGGAGGCCAUGGCUUACUCGAAAAAACAUCUCGUGUCAUGGCAAGAAACACAUCUCCCACAGAUUAUGCAGGCUGCCACUUUACUUGCAAUAAAACCUUCUACGACGUGUGGUCCGUACCGCAGACUAUAUGACGAUUCCCGCUGGCUUGAUCUCAUUCAAGCCUUUCGGCUUGCCAUCUACAAUCUGAACUCUUUACCCACUGAACCCCUUCUCAAUCUUGCUCUCUAUUCUGGUCUGGCUUCACUGAAGCUGCCAUCCUGCAACGACAAGUCAUCCCACAAUAUCGACUGCCCGGUGUGCGACCCCAGCAUAAACACUCUGGCUCGAGAAGUUCCGUUCAGCCACCACGCCAACUCUACUAUUGUUUGUAGAAUUAGCGGCAAGAUCAUGGACGAGGACAACAUGCCUAUGAUGUUUCCUAAUGGUCAAGUUUACUCGAGAGAGGCGCUGGAAGAUAUGGCAGCAAAGCACAAUGGCAUGGUCACUUGCCAAGUGACUGAUCAGGAGUGCGAGUUCAGUGCGCUCAAGAAAGUAUUCAUCUCUUAGCUGUUUACGGUGCGGAAUACCAGACUCGUCGUCUCGGUUCUUCACUUCGAUUUUCACCGUGUGUUGGACCUAUAUACGCUCAUUUUUUUCAUCGUGUAAUAACAUUAGCGACUUGUAGAAUAUUCAGACUCGACGAAGAGGAGGGCUUUUGUCGAGAAUAUUUUUCUGACUUAGCCGGAAUUCAACUGCAUUCGUGACCAA